AUGCCCGGCAUCCUACAGAACAGGCGAAAGCGGCCUGCUCUCGCCACUAGCGACGACGAAGACGAACAAUCCGACCAACCCUCCUCCGCAUCCGUAGGCAGCAAGCGCGCUCGCCAUGCCCGCGACGCGUCCGAUAGCCCCGUCUCGACGAACGGUGCAUAUGCUGAAGACGUGUUUCAGCCAGGUUCACUCGUAAGGGUCAAGCUCAAGAAUUUUGUCACGUACACGGCUGCGGAAUUCCAUCUGGGCCCCAGCUUGAACAUGGUGAUUGGGCCUAAUGGCACGGGCAAGAGUACGCUUGUGUGUGCCAUCUGCUUGGGCUUGGGAUGGGGGAGUGAGCAUCUCGGUAGAGCCAAAGAGCUCGGCGCUUUCGUCAAGCAUGGCGCCUCGGAAGCAGAAAUCGAAAUUGAACUCGCCGCCGGCCCAGGCAAUGGCAAGAACCCGAUCGUCCAACGUACCAUCCGCAAAGAAGAUAACAAGUCAUUCUUCCUCCUCAACGGGAAGCGCGUCGCCCAGAAUGCCGUCACAUCAAUGGCCAGGGGCUUCUCAAUUCAGAUUGAUAAUCUAUGUCAGUUUCUGCCUCAAGACCGAGUUGUGGAGUUUGCCAAAAUGUCCGACGUCGAUCGCUUGAGGGAAACCCAGCGCGCUGCAGCACCUCCUCACAUGGUGCAAUGGCACGAUCAGCUGAAGCUACUCCGUACAGAGGAGAAGGGGCUCGAGACGAAGCAACAGAACGAGAGAACUCAUCUAGAGAGGCUAGAGAAACAGCAGAACUCGACUAGGGAUGAUGUCGAACGCUUCCACCAGCGUGAGGGCUUGUUACAGAAGUCAAAGUGCUUGAAGAAGGUCAAACCCAUCAUCGAAAUCCGCUUGCGCAAGGACGAUCUCAGCCGCGCGAAAGAGGACUUGCGAACAGCGAGACGGGAGCUCGAUCAAAUCAAUGCCGACGUAGAGCCAGUGCGUCAGGCCGAGGCCGAGGUGGAGACUUACCGAAAUCAGAUCGAGCAGGUCGUGAAGCUCCGCAAGAACCGUGUCGAUAUGAUCAAGACGCAAGCUGACAAGCUCCUGGCGAAGAUUGAAAAAGACAAGGAGGCAGUCUCGGACGGUGCAGAUCAGGUCAAGGGAGAAGUGCAUUCCAAAAAAGCACGCGAAAAAGAUGUCCUCCGUAUUAACGGGGACAUUGCAAGACUCGAGCGACAAAGACAGGAGCAACCCGUGGAUUAUGACGCGGAAACCUACGAGCAACGCAAGACAGAUUUACGUACCCAGAUCUCCGCUGCAUCGACCCGGCUCGUAGAGAAGCGAGAUGCACACGAGCGCAUACGUUCCCGGGCUCAUGGAAUGAAUGAAGAGAAACAAGGCGUUCUAGCCCAGCGACAGCAACUUGAUACGCAGAGUGGACAGCAAGCCAGUGCGCUGGCAAAAAUGUCUCGCGAUACGGUAAAGGCCUGGAACUGGAUUAAGUCGAACAGAGAUUCUCUUUCUCUGAAAGGGGAUGUCCUUGGGCCGCCUAUCCUGGAGUGCUCCCUUACAAAUCCCCGGUACGCAGACGCCGUUGAAAGCCAGCUGAGAAAGGGCGAUUUCAUUGCCAUUACUUGCACCAACGGAGAUGAUCAAAAGCUUUUGUCAAACCGUCUUCUCGGCAAGCUUGAGAGCGGCGGGCUUGGCCUCCACGACAUUCAUUUGCGGACCUCACCAAAGCCACUAUCCGAUUACCAGUCGCCCAUUGCAACGGAAGACUUGCCAAGGUACGGUUUUGAGGGCUAUAUGCUCGACUACAUUAAAGGACCCGAUGCUGUCCUAGCUAUGCUUUGCGAUAACGUGCAGCUGCACCAGAUAGCCUUCGCGUCCAAGCCCAUCUCUGAAGAGCAGCAUACCUCCGUCACGAGCAGUAGGAUCAGGAAGUGGGUCAGUGGCAGGGACAUUUAUAAGAUCACUGUACGUAGGGAGUACAACAAUGCGUCUUCAACCUCUGUUACCCAGCUCAGAAAAGCCCAAUGGUUCAUUGAUCAGCCGGUCAACACAGAAGAGAAGCGGCAACUGGACGAGAAGCUCAAGGAGCUGCAACAAGAGGGUGUAGAAUUGCGGGAGAACCACGAUAUCUCUAAGAAAGAGAUAGCAGAUCUUCAGCAGGAGAUCCAGGACCGCAAAACAGAAAGAGACGAGGUUCAAGCAGAACAAGCUCGUAUGCAGAAGGCCGUUGCUGAGUGGGACGCUCUGCCUGGCAAGAUUGCUCAAAAGCAGGCUCAGUUGGACUCCUUGAUGAAACAGAAUGCAGAGACGAACGAGCGUAUACGGGCCAUCAAGGCUAGGUCUCGAGGCCUUUCGCUGAAGCUCGCCACGUCGACGCUCGGUUAUGCGAAAGCGGUAACGCAACUACGCAUAUUGCAUGAGUCGCUUGUAGAAGCCGAGAUACGCUUGAUCGAAGCCAAGUCGGAGUUGAACGCACUCAAGCGUGAGAACAGUGAUAUCCUGCAAAAGCUUCAAAGGAAGCAAACCGAGAUCCAAGACCUUGAUCGACGCAAUCGGAACCUUCGACUCGAAUACGAGCGAAUGGUCAAGAGUACGCAGCAAGACAUCGAGAGCCUGACGGAGGAAGAAAAGGGUAUCAUUCGAGAAUACCGCGAGCUGCCCUCUCUUGAGGCUCUCGAACAAGAGGUUGAGGCUGUCAGUGCUCGGCUUGAAAUGAUGGCCGAAGGCAAUCCUGGAGCGAUCAAGGCUUAUGAGAAGCGCGAAGAAGAGAUGAACAAAACCAAAGAGAAGCUAGAGCAACAUUCCACGGAGCUUGAGAACGCAAAACAGCAAAUCUCGGAGAUUCGUGAGCAGUGGGAGCCCGAACUCGAUGCUCUCAUUCGCAAGAUCAGUGAUGCCUUUGCGCACAACUUUCAGCAGAUUGGGUGCGCCGGUGAGGUCGCGGUGUACAAGGACGAAGAGGACUUUGACAACUGGUCGAUCCAGAUUUCAGUCCGCUUCCGCGAAGGGGAAACCCUCUCCGUCCUAAACUCUCACCGUCAGUCUGGUGGUGAGCGUGCCGUCUCAACAAUAUUCUACCUCAUGGCGCUACAAGACCUCGCACAAUCGCCGUUCCGCGUUGUCGAUGAAAUCAACCAAGGCAUGGAUCCGCGUAACGAGCGCAUGGUGCACGAACGUAUGGUGGACAUUGCGUGCCAGGAGCGCACAAGCCAAUACUUUCUUGUUACGCCGAAGCUGCUGAGUGGACUCAAGUUCCAUCCCAAGAUGAAAGUGCAUGUUAUCAACUCGGGUGAGCACAUACCGGACGUGAAGACGGUGAAAGGCGGUUGGGAUCUGAAAGAGAUGGCGAAGAUGGCGUUGAGGAGUCGGAAGGGGAUUGAGGUGACAUGA